CCCAUGGAGCCUCAACCCCUCUCCUGCAGCAUCCAAGUCAGUAGGAUCAUGCGGCCGGAUGAUGCCAAUAUAGCUGGCAAUGUUCACGGAGGAACAAUACUGAAGAUGAUCGAGGAAGCUGGAGUCAUCAUCAGCACCAGACACUGCAACAGCCAGCAGCUGGAGAGUUGUGCAGCCGUGCUAGCUCGUGUGGAGCGCACGGACUUCCUGUCGCUGUCCAUCGGUGAGGUGGCUCACGUCAGCGCUGAGAUCACCUACACGUCCAAGCACUCCGUCGAAGUCCAAGUCAACGUGUUGGCGGAAGAUAUCAUCAAAGGAAAGAAACGGCUUACCAACAGAGCAACGCUUUGGUACGUUCCCGUGUCCCUGAAAUCGGUGGAUAAAGUGGUUGAGGUGCCUCCCAUAAAGUACCUCAGAACAGAACAGGAGGAAGAAGGGAGGAAGAGAUACGACGCUCAGAAACUGGAGCGAAUGGAAAACAAACAAAAGAAUGGAGAUUGGAUGCUGCCAGCCAUUGACACUGAGCCCUAUACAGUGCGAUACAGUCAAUCCAGCCUCAUUCACCUGGUAUCUCCAUCUGACUGCGUUCUCCAUGGAUUUGUUCAAGGAGGUGUCACCAUGAAGCUGAUGGAUGAAGUGGCUGGGAUAGUAGCAGCUCGGCAUUGCAAAACCAACAUCGUGACUGCCUCGGUGGACGCCAUCAAUUUUCACCACAAGAUUCAAAAAGGGUGUGUUCUCACCGUCUCUGGUCGGAUGACAUUCACGAGCAACAAAUCCAUGGAGAUCGAGGUCUUUGUGGACAUCGAUCCCGUCCUAGAAAACUCCAAAGGGAAGACCGUUGCCGUGACUGCGUUCUUCACUUACGUUUCGCUGGACAAGCAUGCAAAACCUCUGUCCGUCCCGAUGUUGAAGAUUGAAACGGAGGAUGAGAAGAAGCGAUUUGAGGAGGGAGAAAGCAGAUACCAGCAGACCAAAGCCAAGAGACUGGCUCAAGCACAGCACCAAUAAAACACUCUCUCAUAAACACACACACACACAUAGACACACACUGACAUAUAUAUAGACUUGUACAUAACCACAUACGCUGCCAUCGAUGGCCCAAGGGAACUACUCUGCAGGUUCCAUGACCAAAUUAAAUUCAAAACUGUAUUACUUGAAAAUUGUAUGUGUCUUAAAUUGUGCAUCUUAAAUAGUAUGUUUUUCAUUGUGGAGCCAAAGUAUCCCUUAUUUAAGCCGUCGUGCAAAAAGAGCUAUUGAACCGAAAGAAAACUAUGCACAGUGUUGAACUUAUUUGUUUCUGCAGUUAUUAAAUUAUUGAGGAUCUAUCGCUCAGUGAAUAAAUGCCUCUGUGGCUUAAGAGAAA